GCAUUUGUCUGCCUUGCCCAGGUGUAAGCAUGAACAUUCAGCCCAUGUAUCUGGCAGAAAGUGCCCCAAAGAAGCUCAGAGGAGCUGUGGCCUUGACCUCUGCAUCGUUUACAGCCCUGGGGUUGGUGCUGUGACAGGUUGUUGGACUCAAGUAAUGUAGAGCAAGAAGACCAGUUUAUACUUACUCUUCUCCUUUUUUUUUUCUUUUUUUUUCUUUACUCCCCCUCUUUUUUCUUUCUUUUUGAGUGUCCACAUGCAGCAGAGGAUGCUGGGCUCUUGCCAGGUUGUAAAAUGUGCUGUGCAAAUUAUGUUGGUUUGUUUGGUUGUUUUUUUUUUUUCUCUAGGUAGCUACUAGGAGGGGAGGAGAGCUGAUCAUUCCUUUUAUCUAGAAAUGUGGUGCCUGCCCUGAUCCAACUCAUGGCUCUGCCUUGGUUCUCUGAAAGUCCCAGAUACCUCUUGAUUGACCAUGGAGAUAAAGAAUCCUGCUUCUCUGAAAAUGAGCUACAAUCUCUUCCUUCUGGCUUUUGUCCUGGGCAUUGGUGGAGCUUUCCAGUAUGGGUUGCAAGUCUCCAUUAUCAAUUCUCCUGCUGAGUACAUCAAAAGUUUCAUCCGUGAGACCUGGCUGAAGAGAUACAGCUCUUCUCCCAGCGAAGACAUGAUUACUUUGAUGUGGUCCUUUGUUGUGUCCAUUUACAGUAUCGGUGGGCUUCUGGGGUCCUUGUCUGCUGGAUAUUUGUCUGUUAGAUUUGGAAGGAAGAAAGCCAUGCUGUUCGCCAAUAUCCCUGCUUUGCUGAGCGCAACUCUGAUGGGACUUAGCCGGCUGUGUGGAUCCUUUGAGAUGGUCAUUGCUGGAAGAUUAUUUUCUGGAGUGUGUGGAGGCUUAGCUCUGAAUAUCCAUCUCAUGUAUGCUGGGGAAUGUGCCCCACAGAAGCUCCGCGGCCUGAUUGCCUUAACAGCUUCUACUGCCACUGCUGUCGGAAAGUUUGUAGGAUUUGCUCUGGGUCUCAGAGAAGUUCUCGGAGUAGAUGCUCUCUGGCCUGUUCUCAUGGCAGUCAAUGCGCUUCCCGCCCUCUUUCAGCUUCUCACCCUCCCCUUCUUCCCAGACUCUCCCCGCUACCUGCUCAUUGACAAAAAGGACAAAGAGGGAUGCAUCAAAGCUGUGAAGCAGCUCUGGGGAGAUGGUGACCAUAUGGCCGAAAUAGAUGACAUGAUGGCAGAGCAGGAAGCCAUCCGUGGGGAGAAGGCUAAGAGCGUUUGUGAUCUUUUUCGUGACAAAGCUGUCCGUUGGCAGCUCAUCACUCUCUUCCUUGUUGCCUCAUGCAUGCAGUUAAUUGGCGUCAAUGUGGUUUACUUUUAUGCAUACAGUGUCUUUAUAAAGGCUGGAAUCCCCCCUGCUCAAACCCACUAUGUCUCCCUGGGAGUUGGGAUCACCGAGAUCCUCACCACAGUUCUGUGUGGUUUCCUAAUUGAGCGUGCAGGGAGGAAGACACUGCUGUGGAAAAGCUACACUGUUAUGGCCUUGGCUUUAGGGCUCCUCACAGUCACGCUUUCACUACAGGAUUCCUUUUCCUGGAUACCAUACUGCUCUGUUGCACUCAUCUUUAUUUUCAUCAUGAGCUUUGGCAUUGGGCCAGGAGGUAAAACUUCAUUUCAUAUUGUAUUCCUACAUGCCUUCCUCCUGAAGAGCCAAGCAGCACCUCAAACACUUCCAGCUGGAGUAUUAUGCCCCUUGCCCACAGAAAUCUUUAUUCAGUCAUACAGACCAGCUGCUUAUGUUUUUAAUGGUGCUACAAACUGGAUCCAACUAUUCAUCCUUGGACUUUUGUUCCCUUUCAUUGUGGAAGGUCUUGGUAGUUUCUCUUUCAUCAUUUUCCUGACAUACUGUCUGUCCAUGGCUAUCUUUGUCUUCCUGGUUAUGCCAGAGACCAAAGGAAAGACCAUGCUGCAGGUCAUGGAGGAGUUCAACCGCCUGAACUACCGUGGAAAGAAGAGACAGACAGCCCUACAGCAGAGUAACUGCUCAGUGAUGACUGUUACUAGACUUUAAUAACAAACUCUCCACUCCAUAUUUUGCUGUUUUAUUACUGUAGUGCC